CAUCACUAGGGAGCAGCACUGAACCAUCUCCUAUAGACGCAGAAUAACAUCCUGUCUGAAGAAGAAGACAGUGCUAUGAAGCGGUGAGAAGGAUGCCUUUCAGAUUCUGUCCCCAGUGCGGAACGAAGCUGCAACCUGAGUUCCGCUUUUGUCCAUCUUGUGGAGAGAAGCUCCUUUGUCCUGUUGAGCUCCCUGAGCCUUCUGGCCAAACUGAGUCUUGGGCUCCAUCUCAAAGUCAUGAAAUUGAAACAUUCACAGUUAAAACAAGCCCAACUGUUUUAAGUACAAGAUUUGAAGCCACAGAAAGACAUCCAUGCAAUGAGUCCCUUCCAGUUAGUGCUCGUCCUCCUUUGCGACAAACCCGUAAGUCUUCUCGAUUCAUAAAGGAAGCUGAUUUCAACAUUCAAGAUGUCGCUCCACCUGCAGAUGUGAUUGAAGCAAAAGAUAAUGCCGCUGGAAGCAAGUUAUUUCCACCCAAACAACACGCACUUACUUCCAGUCUCGAUGAAAAGGUGCAGCCAGCUUCAGAAAUUUUAUCUCCUCCUGUCUCUAAGUCCCCACGACGAGUUAGGGGAAAGGCAAGAACCAGCAGACCUGUUGAAAAACUUGUGCAAGAAGGAAAGGAGCUGACUGAUAAAACGAGUCUGGAGGCAGGGGAAUCAAAUUUAGCAUGUUCUCCAGUGUCAGCCUCUUUGACCCGUUCUUCACCUGCCACCUCCAGGUCUCCUUUGAAAGGCAGAGGUAAAGCCAAAAAGGCAAAACAUAUGUUUGCUUUGGAGCCAUUAGAGGAAAACGAGGAGGUAACUGACACAACAGGCAAAAAGUGGAAGCUUGUGAAAUUAAUCAGUCAGAGCAUGACAGAACUCUUUUAUGAAGUCUUCCAGGCGCAGACACGGUCCAGUUCCAAAGAAAUUAAUUACAUCCUCAAACUGGGAGCAAAAGAUGGAAGAAUCUUCAAUGAGCAGAACUUUUUGCAGAGAUCUGCAAAACCUUCAUCUGUGGACAAAUGGGUGAAGAACAACAAGAUGGAUUUUCUUGGGAUUCCUUCUUGUGUUGGUUUUGGUCUCCACGGUGAUUCCUACAGGUUUCUGGUUUUUCCUGACUUGGGCCAGUCUCUUGAGUCUCUUAUGCAGAAUGAUGGGCUUCUGUCUGAAAAAGUUGUUCUUCAGCUUGCCUGUAGAAUAUUGGAUGUGCUGGAAUAUAUCCAUUCAAAUGAAUAUGUUCACGCUGACCUCAGUGCAGAGAACAUUUACGUCAAGCCUAGUCAGAAAUCACAGGUGUACCUGGUCGGAUACUGCUAUGCUUUUCGCUACUGUCCAGGUGGGCAGCAUGUAGAGUACCGUGAGGCCAGCAGAACUCCACAUGAGGGCACUGUGGAGUUCAUCAGUCUGGAUGCCCACAAAGGAGCAGCUCCGUCUCGGCGCAGCGACUUGCAGUCUCUGGGUUACUGCAUGCUGCGCUGGCACAGCGGGAUGCUGCCGUGGACAGAAGUCACUCAGCCAGACCAAGUCGCCACCCAGAAACAGAGGUACAUGGACGAUGUGCCUGCACUGUUGAAUCACUGCUUUGGGAAGAAGAGUGUUACUCGUGCAUUUCAAACCUACCUGACUGCAGUAAUGGCGCUGCAGUAUUCGGAGCAGCCCGACUACUUGGCGCUGAAGGAUGUGUUCAGAGCAGCUUUGCUGCAGCUUGGGGGAACCGUGGAGCAGCUGCUCGACUUUUAAGAGAGGUCAUACCUCCACCUGUGUACCUCUGGUCCACAUCCUAUUCUUGUUUUUACUGAAAA